UAGGCGGAGUACUGGGUAUCGUCAUAUUCAUUAGCGUAGUCCGUGUUGUAUAGGUCUGGUUCACCGUAGUCGGAAUAAUCGUAAGAAUCAGAGGCGACAUAAUUAAUUCGAUUGGGAGGAUUUUGUCUAAAAUUUCUUUGAAAAUUAGGGUUUUGAAAAUUUGGAUUGCUCUGAAUUACAGAGGGUCUUGGCGCACUCGAGUUAGGCACAUUUGGUCGUAUUACAGAUGGUCUGGGAGGAUAUUGAUUAGAAUUUUGAUGGUAGUUAGACGUAGAUGGUCUAACUUGCAUAGGUUGAUUCGGCCUAGGGUAAUUUUGAGGUUGGGGCUGGUUAAACUGUCUUGGGGCAAAGCUUGUAGGCUGUUGUCUCCGUUGGCAUUCAUUUGCCAAGUGACCGGGACGAUUACAAAAAUUACAAAUUUUAGGGUUUGGUCUUCGAAUAACUGAAUUUUGAUUCGGGUUUGGGGCCCUGGCGAAUUUUUGUCGUUCCAAAUAUGAAAGUUGUAACUCUCGUUUGAUAUACGAAACUGCGGUCAAGAUAUCCGUGGGAUGUCCUGAUCGCACAACAGGUCCUAUUUUUGAGUCUAAUCCUGUUAAUAGACAAUUUAAAGUCAUCGUUUCGAUGAGGGAACUUUGAGCAGAUUUUUGCUCGCGAUUUAGAUUUUGCCUAUUUACGGCGGAAUGCAUUUUGGCUGCAUGCGUCUGCAGUCUAGAUGCAAAGGUUAGGGGUGAUUCGUUGGGGAGUUGGCGCAUGUGUUGAAGAUCCGCGAUUAAAGAUGUGAGAUCUCUAAGAUCUCCAAAGUGGGUUUCUAACAGGGACCGUAUGUCUUCCCACGUGGAAGGGUUUCGGCUGUUCACAAGUUCGGCGGCACGUCCACGAAGUUUGUUUUUAAUAUGUAAAACGACGAGAAGCCGCUGCUCCUCGACGGCCAUUUGAUACGCCGUUCGGCACGCGUUGAUGAAGGUCGAUAGCAAUAUCGGGUUUCCAUCGUACUCGGGUACAAUCGAAAAUAUUUCAGAUAAUCUAUAA